GGCUUUUUCCCUUUUUCCUGCGGCACGAGCAGAUUGCAAAAUCUUCGUCGCCUCCUAUUAACCGAGUGCGCGAGACUUUUUACAAUUGCCUCGCUGUUCAAGAUGCCCAGACUCGUGCGGCGGAGACCGCUCUGGGAGCGCAUCACGUCGAAUCUGAAUCCCAUGGACUUCCUUCUCUGGCUGUCGGAAGAGCUGGAGACGAGAGAUUGGGACUCGAAGCUGGUGGGCACGCAGCUGGGCGUGGCUAUGAAUAUUCUUUUUUUGCUGGCGCGGGCAAACGUUGGGUUGACGUCUUCGACGGACGACGACAUCUUCGGUGACGAGACCAAGAUAGGAUGGUUUUCGUAUGUGGCCUAUCUCAUUGUCUGGGGCCUCGCGCUCUUCUCUUGCAUCAACGCGGCUUACACCUACACGCGAACGCGAAAAUACCGACUGUUCCAGGCCAACAUCGAAGAGCCUCUAUCCACGCCCUCCGCGCGGCGAGUUCAGGUUCAGUCUUCCCCCGUGACGUCCGCCUCACCGCUUCGAUACCUCGCCGACAAGAUUGCACCGGGCUCGGCUGAAUCACGAUCACAUCCGGAUAAGAAAAGAGAUGUGUGGGAACUCGCCGUUUGGGAUCCUUUGCCUAUAUCUCUAAGGCUAGUUUGUUUGUUCAGCCCGGGACACGUAUUGGCCUAUCUCCUCGCCCUUCCGUUGGCGCCACUGGAUCCUCAGCCGAGUGUGACUGUAUUCAAUGCCAUUGUGAUGCAAAUGGUUCUCUCCGGUCAGAUGCUGUUCCUCUCGUCGCGAUUUGCACAGCAAGCCAAGGAUAACGCCCUCAUCCAGAAGGAGGUUAUGAACGAGUACAACACCAAGUUUGUCCAUCCUCGGCUAAAUCCCGUCGUCAGAGACGUCGGAACUCAGAUCGCAGCAGAGCACUCCCCCAAAGGCCGUGGGUUUGUGCAGGUCGGCACACCGACAACGCUCAUCAGGAAGUCUUACGUCACACGAGGCACAUCUCAGGCCGGGCAUGAUAACACCCUGUCCUCUGGUCACAGCCAUUUCAUGAGGCCGCAGAUGAUCAAUCCUAUUGCUACAAGGCAACCAGAAGGCACUCCUACCAACGUGGACCAACCUCGCUCGACGUUUAAACAAUUUAUGGCGGCUGACCAGGCCACUGGCACAGCACCCUCACCUAUGCCACUCUCAGCUACAUCUGCAAACACUGCCAAUUAUGGAGGCAAUAUGGGAAUCUACAGCCACAACAAGUCGCCUCUAAAGAAAACUAUGGACCUUGGCAGCUUUAACGAGCCAGCAUCGCCUCGAAACUCACGCGAGAUGGCAGCACUGGAGCAGCAGAGACAAGCCGAUGCACUCCGUUCGGCGAGCACUACCAGCAAAAGCGCAUCCAACCCAUAUUCAGGAACAUCCAGAAGCAGAACACAGCAAGACAGAUCCAUUAGAUGGUGAUUUGUUUUAUCUUUCGUUCUCCCAAAACUCCAUCAAAGCCCUGGCGCUAUUGCCACAACGGAUGGUCAUAUUUAUGCAGCACAAUGUAUUAUUUGAAACUAAGUGGUAAUAUCCUCUGUGCUUGGAUUCAGUAUAGCAUAGCAUAUUGUCGGCGUUAGGAUUAUGUUUUUUUUUAUCAAUGUCUUUUUCUGUGGCGGCUAAUGGAAAUAUGUGUAUAUGAACAGUACGGUUUGGAAGUUGGCUGAGUGAGUAGCCUCUAUGUGAUAUGAAUGUUCUUGGUUGGAAACCAAAGUGGAAAUUACUCAGCGUCAAUUACGAUUUAUCAAUGACAAAAGUACCGCAAAAGAUUGAGUUCGGGU